AUGGAACCCUGAACUCAGAGCAGUGCCUGAGAAUAUCCAAGGAGAGAGAUCUGAUGUACAGCACAGGCAGAGACAUUCCAGGCAGGCAAAGUUUGGGUUUUGACGCUGUUGCUCUGUCUCAUUUUGGGGUGUUUUGCAGGCGUUACGUGAGAAAACAAAUGAUCCUAGACAACACAUUGUUCAAAUGCGUGUGUUACCAUCGCGGAGAGUACCAGAUAAUCACCAGUGGAACAGACAGAAAGGUGAGCAAAGCUGCAGGAACUCUGCAGUGCACAACACACGGUCUGGCGCUGGUUCUGGGGUGAAACUCCUGUCCCUGCACAGCAGGUUGUGUCCCAGGGCGGUGCUGAAACCCGUGUGCUGCUCACGGCCAGCUGAGCGCCCCGCUCUGCUCUGCUCUCUAGAUCGUGUACUGGGAAGUGCUCGAUGGCUCCGCAAUCAGAGAAGUGCAAGGCUCUCUGUCGAGCUCCAUCAACGGGAUGGACAUCACAUCGGACGGGGCGUCCUUUGUCACAGGAACACCGAAGCGUUCCCCUGCCUGGGAGCGGGGAACAAAAAGCAGCAGAACUCGGUGUAUCACAGUAUCACAGUAUGUUUGGGAUGGGAAGGGACCUCAGAAGAUCAUCCAGUCCAAUCCCCCAUGGAGCAGGAACGCCCAGGUGGUGACGACCAUCUGGUGAAGCUGUGGGACUAUAAGGAGGGCACGGUGACUCACGUGGGAGUGGGCCACAGCGGCAACAUCACCCGCCUCAAGAUCUGCCCCGCGAACAAGUACAUGGUGAGCGUGAACGCGGACGGUGCCGUCCUCAUCUGGAAACAGCCCAGCUCGGGCUGACAGCCGGUGCCGGAGCUGCUGGGCUGCUGCUUCCCUGGCCGGCCCUGG